CCCGCCCUCACCCCGCUGCGCUUGCGCGCUGGGGACAACGGUUGCAGGGCGUCCCGGGGCCUGAGGCAGGACGGUCCGGCGCUGACACCUCUCCUGUCGGCCCUGAGGUUCCCAGCCUGGUGGCCCCAGAACGUUACGGUCGCAUGGCGGAGUGCUGUGGACGACGCCCAUGGAGCCCUUAGUCCUUCUAGUUGCGCUGUUGCUAUGGCCUUCGUCUGUGCCGGCUUAUCCGAGCAUAACUAUGACACCUGAUGAAGAACAAAACUUGAAUCAUUAUAUACAAGCUUUAGAGAACCUAAUACUAAGUGUUCCCACUAGGGAGCCAGGUCGUGAGAAAAAAUCUAAUUCUCCAAAACAUGUUUAUUCUGUAAGAUCGAAGGGAUCAAAAUUUAAGGAGAUAAUUACACACGGAGACACUUCAACUGAGAAUGAUGGUUUAAUCAAUCCUGUGAGUGAAGAACCUACAACUUUCCCUACUAGAGGCUUCACACCAGAAACAGGAAGGAAAAAACACAUUGAAAGUACCCCAUUCUGGUCAAUCAAACCAAACAAUGUUUCCAUUGUUUUACGCACAGACGAACCUUAUAUUGAAAAUGAAGAGCCAGAGCCAGAGCCAGAGCCGGAGCCGGAGCCAACUGCAAGACACACUAAGGCACCAAAAACAUUGCCAGUUGUUACUGAAUCAUAUACAAGUCCAUAUUUCACCUCAUGCGAAUCACCUGUCACCUCUUUUUAUAGGAGCACAGGGAUUGAGAUGUCUACAGAAUCAGAAGAUGUUCCUCAGCUCUCUGGUGAAACUGCAGUAGAAAAUCCUGAAGAACCAACAUUUGGAAGACACCCACAGAGUUGGAAUAAUGAUGACAUUUUGAAAAAAAUUUUAGAUAUUAAUUCACGAGUGCAACAGGCACUUAGUGACACCAGCAAACCAGAAUAUAGAGAAGAUAUUCAAGCCUCUAAAGAUUACCUAAAACGAAGCCUUGCUCUAGCAGCAGCAGCAGAACAUAAAUUAAAAACAAUGUAUAAAUCCCAGUUAUUGUCACUAGGACAAACGAGUAAUAAAAUUGAUGACAUUGAAACUGUUAUUAACAUGCUGUAUAAUUCUAGAUUUAAGCUCUAUGAAUAUUUAGAUAUUAAAUGUGUUCCACCGGAGAUGAGAGAAAAAGCUGCUACAGUAUUCCAUACAUUAAAAAAUAUAUUAUGUGUAGAUCAAGGGGAGACUCAAAGUCUUAUUAAAAAGUUAUUAAACAAUAAUAUAAAAAUUUUAAACCUACUUGAUAUUCCAUGACAAAGUUGAUUUAAACAAACUGCAUUUUUUCUACAGGAGAAAUAAGCAUAUUAGUAAUUUCAAAAGUUGUAUAAAAAUAUUUUCUAUUGUAGUUCAAUGUGACAACAUCUUUAUGUGUCAUGUGUUAUGAACAAUUUUCAUAUGCACUAAAGACCUAACUUAAAAUAAAAUGUUGGUUCAGGA